AGUGCUCAAUUUUGGACUCAUUUUGGGAUGCUUAUGAAGGAGAAUGUAUUCGAUCGCCACUUUGAAAAUCCAGACUUGUAGUUGACCACUUUGUUGGAUGAUGAUUUAAUAAUUGGUGAAUUCAGAAACCAAAAUUAAAAAUUAAUGGACUUUAUUCAAAAGAAACAAGUGGCUGAAUUGGUCAGUUAUUUAACUGAGAUGCCAGCAGAUGAUUCGAAUUCAAAAAGAGCAUUCAGAUAUCCAUUUUACUCAUGCGAAUUGUUGGUGUGUUGUGAGAAUCCUAAAAUCUUAGAGUAAUUCUUUGGAGAGGACAAAUCUCAAUUGCAUGCAUUAUUUCAAUUUUUUAUUUCAGAGGAUGAUGUAAACCCAGUGUUGGCAGGCUAUGUCUGUAAUGUUAUGUUUAACUUGUUGAAAAUGAAGACUGAUAUCUUUCUUGAUGAAUUUUAUUAAUAUCAGAAUUUAGUAGAUGGAUUAGUAAAACAAUUAUAAUCUCGUUCGGUUGCUGAACUUGUAAUUCGUGUGUUAACAAUUGAACAAGAAACUCAAGCUGAUUAUACACCUUAAAGGAUUCAAUUACUCAAAGGAGUAGUUGGGAGAAUUUUAGAUAUCUCAAAUUUCGAAGUCUCAACCAAUGUGUCUCAUAUCAUCCAAGAGAUCACUUAGAAGGCUUAUGUAAUUUUCAAGGCAUAGCCUCUAUUUGAAUUCUUAUACGGAGAAUCAAUCGAUCUAUUUUGCUCGUCUAUUGUCCAUGAAAGCAACUACGUGUCUCUUGCUUCAGGAACUUCAUUAUAUAAUCUUCUCACCUUGCUCUACAAAAUGUAAAAUAGGUAAGGAGAAUCAUCUGAAGGUGGUGUUGUCAUUGAAAAUGCAUUGUUCAUUGUGAACCAUUAAGAGCUAUUCAAUAAAAUAGAGUCUCAUUUAGAUAAAUGGCUAGAGUUCUUAUAAAAAUCUGCCACUCCUGUGUUUGGAUAACACAAGAUUAAGAUACUUGAAAUCAUUGGAGUAUGCAUAAGUUUGAAUCAAGAAUCCUUUGUCACUAAACUAUACCAAUAGGAUAUUUUCAAAGUUUAUAACUCAUUAUUUUCCAAACAUGAAAAACAUGACAUCUUGCAUUUGCAAUAUUUUAGAUUCAUUGUUCACAUUAUUGAAUAAAAAUUUGAUAAUCUCGUCCAGAAUUUAUUCAAUCAAAAUGAGUUUAUUCAAUUUCUAUUGAAUAGUACUGCUGAAGUGAGCAACAAUAAAAACCAAAGAAAAGAGUAUUUGGGUUUUGUGACUAAAUUGGCUCAUUUCUUAGUGGAGUUUUCACCGAAAUAUCCAUUGUUGUAGUCAGAAUUGGAAACGGAGUCCUGGAAGAAAUUUAGGGAAUAAUAUUUUGAUAAGGCUGAGAAACUGAAUAAUCAUGAAUUGGGUGGUCAUACAAGAGCUGAUUAUAAGGAGGAUGUUCAUUUUAAUAAAGAGGAUAUCUAGACGAAAUAUGAUGACUUUUUGACAUCCAAUCAUGAUGAGAAGCUAUAAGAUGAAGCAAAGAAUACUCAAAACUUAGAGAAUAUUUUUGAUGCUUUCAAUAUCAGCAAUACAGAGUAAGCCAAUCCUGUAGAUGGACAAUAAUAAGACUGGUCUAAUUUCUCAUGGGGAUAAGAAUAAAAUCAAGCAGGAGGAGCAUCAGAACAACAAUCAAAUUUCUAAUAAUUUGCAGAUAAUUCAAAUUAGGAACAACGCAGAGAGCAAGGAACAUCAGUAGAAUAGUAAUAGAACACUUAAUAAAAACAUGAUUAUGCAUAAGAGGAGAAAGAUGAUGAAUAUAAUCGAUUUUGGCAAUUUUAAAUCCACGAACAUGAUGCUAAAUUACAUGAUGAUGCUUUGUAUGAGUUUGAAAAAAAUUUGUGA